CUUCCAUCCGCAAGAUGGCCAAGCGAUCAGGGGAGAGUCCGAUGGACUUUGAGUGGCAGUCCAGGGCGCCUGGGGACGUCACUUCACCCUUUUACCAACUGAGCAUGCAGCAUGAUAACGAGAAAAAGCGACCUCACAGCAUCUUCGAUUCGCCCGAAAAGAAAUCCAUGCCCGCCCUCCGCGAACCCAACUCGCAGCCCUUCCUUUUCUCGCAGCCCCAAACUCAAAACCCGCCCGGUACCCCCAAAUCCUCCUUCGGCCCAUCGGCCUUCAUGACCCCGCGCAAAUUCGACUUGGACUUCUCGUCAGGCCCCGAAAAUAUGUCAUCGCCCGAGAACGCAGACAACGAAGACACCCCCGAGCCGCCCUCGAAGACCGGAGCGCAUCGGAACUCCCUGUUCGGCAUGUACGGACGCUUUGCGCCGAGUCCCGGACGCGGAGAGAUCCCCCGACUCAACCAUUAUUCAAAUGCCCUGGCGCGACGAGUGCACAAAAGACGGCGGAGGGACAAGGCUCUAGGCCAACAACUGCGGGGUCAGGACAGCGACGAUGACAGUGACCGGCCCAGCAGCAGCGAGUCCAAGGUCGUCAGCGUUCAGAAGCAGCGGUCGGGGUCGGCAGCGGAACCGCGUCCCGCGGGGUCGCGCAUGUCAUUCUCGGACUUCUUUGCGUUGCUCGAGGCGCAUCCGCACGUCCCGAGCAUUUUGUCGUGGUGGGCGCAGCUGGUAGUUAACCUGUCGCUGUUCUCGCUCGCGGUCUACGUGGUGUUUGGGUUUGUGUCGGCCAUUCGGUCGGAAUUUGAGCAGGCUGCAGAGGAGGUGUCGGACACUAUACUAGCGGAGAUGGCCGUGUGUGCAAAGAGCUAUGUCGACAACAGAUGUUCCGGUGGUGACCGACUCCCGGCCUUGGAGACGGUGUGUGAGAACUGGGAGCGCUGCAUGAACCGCGACCCGGCAAAGGUGGGCCGGGCCAAGGUGUCUGCACACACAAUGGCGAUCAUCAUCAACAGCUUCAUCGACCCGAUCAGCUGGAAAGCCAUCUUAUUUUUCUUGGCUACGAUCUCGACCGUCACGGUCGUCAGCAACUGGUCGUUCCGUUCGUUCAGAAACCGCCUCCAUCAACACGAAUAUACGCACCAACCACCCAGCUUCUCCCGUCAGUCGUCGGCUCAGCACCACCCCGCGCUCGCCUCAUCUCAGAUGCAUUUCCAGGCCCCCUCGGGGUACGAAUAUCCCAACCAGGCGCCAGGCGCGGAUUUCGACCACAAAGACGCCCCGCCUUUGUUGCUCGAACAUUCGCAGACUCGGGAAUUUGGGACCGAGCGAAACCGGGAGCGAGCAAACCACAUGCGAACCCCUAGCCCGGUUAAGCGUACCAGGAACUUCUUCUGAAUGGUAAUUAUCGUUCCAAACGAAUCGAUGCAUUUCAAGGAGGACCCUGGCGUUAAUACUGUCUUAUCUGGUGUUAUUCAUCUUUACAUCCAUUUUCUUUUCUUCUACACUUUAUCUCCUUUUGCUUCUUGGAUUUUUCCCUCUUCAUCCCAUAUCAUUCCUAUUAAUUUUAUCUUUACACUGGGAUCGGCGCACCUUAAACCGGCAUGAUGCCGCGAUUUGCAUAAGAGGGGGAUAUCAUAGGUGUUAAUUUGUUGGACUUUGUACAUACUAGAGAAUCA